AUGGCCGAUGGAGGUGAUCCUGACAGUGGACCUCGGAGGCGACGACUCCGACAUGUCUCCAGCAGACGUGGAGACAGAGAUAAGCUGCGAGAGUGUCCACACUGCGGCCGCACCUUUAAGCGCACGGAGCAUCUGGAGAGACACGUGAGGACUCAUACAAAGGAGAAGCCGUUUGGCUGCAACCGAUGCGGGGCUACAUUUUCACGCCGCGACCUGCUGACGCGACAUCGCCGCAUUGCUCUUCACGAUGAUGAGUCAGCAACGGCUGGAUCGCCCAGGCAGACGUCUGAGAUGGCCGGACCGGAGGUGCACUGGACGCAGCCGUUGACAGAGGCGGAUGUGUAUGCUGCGGCGGGCGACGCGGCACAACAACACGAAGUGAUGGCUUCGUACCAGCCGGCGCUGUCGGGGUCCUUUUUCGAAGGCAUCGAGGAGCCAGACAGCAACACCACGUUCGAUGCCCAUUUCAUGGAGUUUGCCAACUUCCUCGACGGCGUGGGGCUGCCGGCCGAAUGGAGUCCGUACUUCCACGGCCCCGACAGAUACGAAGGCGGACACCCAGAAGCGAGGACCGUUCCAGAUGCGUCCACGGCUUCGCCUCGCCCGGCUCCGAGAACACGGCUAGGGACACCGUUCAGCUCAUGGCUGCCAUCGGCACCGACAGGCAACCGGAUCUCCGACAAUCUCCCGGACGAGAGUGAGCUCGCUGUGCCAGGCCCGGUCGAGACCAGCGCGGAACACCAGCGGUUCCGGGUGACAGACGAGCAGCGAGCAAGGCUAUGUGCCGCCUUGGAGACGUUCCGCGACAUUGUCGGCCAAGACGUCCGCAUUCCAAGCCGUCAUGCCCUCACGCGAUACACCUCGUCUUUCUUUGACGGCUUCCACUCCCACCUGCCGCUGAUCCACACACCCACCUGGCACUUCUCUGACCACGCCCCCGAGCUGAUCCUCGGCAUGGCCGCCAUCGGGGCCCAGUACUGCUUCGACCACCGCGUUUCCGAGAGUCUGUUCCGUGCCGGAAAGGCCAUCCUGAUCGAGAGGCUGCUGCACGAGGCCGCCAGCCGCCCGGAGCCGCGGCGAAGCUCGUUUCUGGCCCUCCAGCCGAUGGUGUCGUCGUCCGCGCGCGACUGGGGCUCCUGGGAUCCGAUCGAGUCGGUGCGGGCACUCGUCUGCCUCAUGGGAUACGCCACGUGGGAGCCAAAGGUCGCGCUGCUGCAGGACUCGUUUGCCCUCCGGGACUUGCUCGCACAGCUGCUCCGGGAUGUCAGGCUUGCCGAGGACGAGCGAGAAGACGAAAGAGAGGAUUGGCAGGCCUGGAUUGCCCGGGAGUCGUCGAGACGGUCCAAGCUGAUCGCCUUUUCCUUCAUCCACAUCCACAGCAUCGCCUACAACGUCUAUCCGGUGCUGCGCGCCAACGAGAUCGGUCUGCGGCUGCCCUGCUCGACCCGCGAGUGGAAGGCGCCCACCGCGGCCCAGUGGCUGCUCGCCCUCCACGGCCGCCCCAAGCGUCAGCUGCUCUUCCAGGACGCCCUCUCGCUGCUCUUCGGCCACGUCGACGGCACCACACCGCUCGACCCCAUUCCCACGCCGCUGGGGAACUACGUGCUGCUGCACGGGAUCCUUCAGCGGAUACACCUCGUGCGCGAUCUCGGACUGCCCACAACAGACCAUGCAGCUGCAUUGCCCAAGGGGGAAGCCGACACUUUAGAACGUGGCCUUCGUUCGUGGACGUCUGGCUGGCAGCAGGCCCCCGAAUCGUCCCUCGAUCCGAACAAUGAGAACGGCCCGAUCCCGUUCACGUCUAGCUCGCUUCUCGCACUGGCAUACGUGCGCAUCUACCUCCAUCUUGGCCCCUACCGGAAGCUGGACACGCGCGAUCCGGUCGUGAUCGCCGAGGCCAUCUACCAGGCUCCACAACUGAAGCGCAACGACGGCGUGAUUGCGGCCCUGCUCUACGCCACACAUAUGCUUAGCAUACCCGUCCGCCUGGGUGUCGACCGGGUCGCCCGCAGCCAGGCCUUUUUCUGGAGCGUGCGCCACAGUCUGUCUGGACUCGAGUGCGCCAUCCUGCUCAGCAAGUGGCUGAUGCAGCUGGGAGGAGCUGCAGAGUCGGUUUCUCCUCCGUUAAGUGACAGCGAGGAUCGGAUCCUGCACUGGGUCCGGACCAUUGUUGAAGAAGCCUACAGCGUCAUUGAUCUGGAGAGUGACAGCUGCGUCGGCACAGAUGGACUGCCGCUGUCCGACUUCAAGGACUGUACGAACUUGGGCCUCGCCGUCCUCAAAAUCUGGGCCCAUUUCUUUCGAAGCAACACCCAGUGGCUGUUUAUCAACGUCAUCGGCGAGAGCCUGAGAAAGUACCGAGAAAUGCUGAUCAAGGCUCAGGCGCAGAAAGUAGGAUCUAUAACUGGCAUCUAA